GACUGCUAUUACAGAUUUGAUUCUAACUUUGUCUCAAGAAACCAAAGCCAAGCUCCUUCCAACAGCUCAGCAAGUGUGAAUGACAACAACCUCUCUUCAAUUCAAGGAUAUCCCUCAGCUCAUGUGGCCUGUUAUGGAUCUCAGAACAGUGACACAUCUCAAGAUUUCUAUUCGUAUCCUGACUCAGGGGCUACACAUCAUCUUACCAAUGAUUUGAAUAACCUCAACAUGGCCAGUGGUUAUGGUGGUUCUGAGAGAGUUCAAAUAGCUAGUGGUGUAGGUAUGCAUAUUGCUCAUCUUGGUAAUUCUUUGUUAAAAUGCCCUAUUUCCAGUCACCCUCAUACAUUUCUUCUUAAUAACCUCAUGCAUGUGCCACACAUCACCAAAAACCUCAUUAGUGUCUCCAAGUUUGCCAAAGAUAAUUCA